UUAUCCCUUACGACGCAAUGCAUUCCCCGAAACCCCGAGGCCAAAGGCUAGCGCUCGUGUUUCUUCUCUGACUCUGCCCAUCACAUUUGAAAGCGCAGAGGCCGUGGGUUAUUGGCCGGGAGAUGCUAAAACAAUGCUUCAGGUUCUCAAUCUAAGACCCCCAACUCCGAUUCUGGCCUUAUCGACCUCGAUUUCCGGUGACCUAACUUGCUCCGCCCUCCUAUUACUUCGCCCUCGUAAUGCAACACACAAUUGGGCGCUUUUACAGUCCAACCUCAAGUGCAACGGCAGAUUCUCUUGCCUUUUCCCCGAUAAUCGAAGAGAGGAACAGGCAAGGAAGGCAUUAGAAAGUGCACUUGGGGGAAAGAAAAAUGAAUUUGAGAAAUGGAAUAAUGAAAUAAAGAAAAGAGAGGAGAUGGGUGGCGGUGGCAGUGGUGGACGAGGAGGUUGGUUUGGAUCGGGCAGAUGGUUUGGUUGGUCUGAUGACCAAUUCUGGCCAGAAGCACAACAGACUAGUCUUGCUGUUUUAGGUAUAAUUGUCAUGUAUCUCAUAGUUGCAAAAGGCGAACUGUUGCUUGCUGUUGUUUUCAACCCACUGCUGUAUGCUUUGCGAGGAACAAGAAAUGGAUUGACUUUUGUUACUUCAAAAAUUUUGAGGAACACCUCUGCUAGUAAUUAUGCUGAGGUUGAAGAUAUUUCAAACAAAGAAGUCUCUGCCAAAGAGAGAGUUGCAAAGAAAUGGGGGAGCGAUUGAUCUUUAAUCCCAUUUACUUUUGACCUUCAUGUUUCAACUAUUCAAAAAUAGGUUGCUAUGUAAUUUUUUGGAAAAUGUUUGGCUCCUAGAAUUAGUUUUUUCCUUUUUAUGUGAGUUGUUUUCUUUCGUUUUAAAGAAUAGCUUCCUUUUAAACUGGAUGCUUGUGUUCCCUUCUUCAACAGAAACCUCCCCCAAACUAAAAGAGUAAAUAUUGAAUUGCAUAAUUACUCUUUAAACCU